AUGAAACGAGGACAUGCCGAAUCUCCGUCAAGCUCUGAUCUUCCUUCCUCAUCGAGAGUCAAACUAAACCCAGAAGGUGAUUCUCAGUUUCUAGAGGAUGAUGAUAACACCAAGAAUUUUGCUCGAGAGGUGGCUGAUCAUUACAGUCGAAGAACGAAUCAAACUCUACAAGAGCGAGAAGCAAGUCCCAUCAUUCAUCUCAAAAAGCUUAAUAACUGGAUUAAAAGUGUGUUGAUCCAGCUUUAUGCUCGUCGUGAUGAUGCUGUCUUGGACCUUGCUUGUGGAAAGGGUGGUGACUUAACAAAGUGGGAUAAGGCAAGGAUUGGUUACUAUGUUGGUAUUGAUAUCGCUGAAGGAUCAAUCGAAGACUGUCGAACGCGUUACAAUGGUGAUGCGGACCAUCGUCAGCGACGUAAGAAUUUCCCUGCCCGUUUGUUGUGUGGGGAUUGUUUUGAGAUUGAGCUGGACAAGAUUCUUGAAGACGAUGGCCCUUUCGAUAUCUGCAGCUGCCAGUUUGCUUUGCAUUACUCUUGGACUACUGAGACACGUGCGAGACGAGCCUUGGCAAAUGUUUCAGCUUUACUUCGUCCUGGAGGCAUCUUUAUUGGAACGAUGCCAGAUGCUAAUGUUAUCAUAAAAAAACUCAGACAAGCUGAAGGUCUGGAGAUUGGUAACAGUGUAUACGGGAUUCGUUUUGGUGAAGAGUAUUCUCAAAAGAAGUUUAAAGGUCGCAGUCCCUUCGGUAUCAAGUAUGUAUUUCAUCUUGAGGAUGCUGUUGAUUGUCCUGAAUGGAUUGUUCCCUUUCACGUCUUCAAAUCCUUAGCAGAAGAGUAUGAUUUAGAGCUGGUAUUGGUGAAGAACUCUCAUGAGUUUGUGCAUGAGUACAUGUCAAAGCCUGAGUUUGGUGAGCUCAUGAGAAAGCUUGGUGCUUUAGGUGAUGUUAAUCAAGGUCAAAGCACAAUAUCAGCUGAUGAAUGGGAAGCCGCUUAUCUCUACCUCUCUUUUGUCUUGAGAAAGAGAGGGGAAUCUGAUGGGGCUGGAAGAAGAUCUGUGCAAAGGAAUAAAAAGGGGAAGAUGAACAUAUCGAAAGACGAUAUUUUGUACAUCAGCAACGAGGUCUAA